AUGAUCAGUUUAUGGAAUAGCACUUUUGCGAAUGAACCAGCCAAUGUGACGAAAACAUUUACAUCUAGCCAAACACUCUUUGCUAAUCCUGAACGAGGUUGGAUUACACAUCGAUUUUCGAAUGAUCUUUAUGGAGUUAAUAGUCUGCGCGAAAGUGCUGAAAAAGUAUCAUUAGUUCUGAUUAAAAUUGACAUAUCAGCUUACAAGAAUAGUUUACAUAUUGGACAGAGUAAACUCAAUGAAAUUCGUUCAGCACUCAAUACUUGUCGUCAACAAGGUUUAAAAGUUAUCAUGCGUUCAGCUUAUUCUUGGGAUUCAGUUCUUGCUCCAGAGCCAAAAAACAUUGAAACUGUUAAAACCCAUAUUAUGGAUAUGAAACCAAUUUAUUAUCAAUAUGAAGAUAUUAUCGUUGCUGUCGAAAUGGGUAUGUUUGGGCCAUGGGGUGAAAUGCAUUCAUCAUAUUUUAGCACUACUAACACACAAUUCUAUUAUCCCAUUAAAACUGCUGCACUUCAACAAGUUCAUACCACGUACAUGUCAGCAUUACCAAAUACACGCUCAGUCCUUCUUCGUACACCAUAUUAUAUUCGUCAAAUCUUCAAUAGUAAUAUACCUCUUUCGCCUACUGAAGCUUAUAGCGGCACUCCGAAAGCACGUACUGGUUAUCACAAUGAUGCUUACCUUGCCAGCAGUGAUGAUGCAGGUACUUUUUCUUAUGGAUGGUCACGAGCUCAAGAACUUGCUUAUAUUAGCCAAAUGACGCGCUAUGCAUUUUUCGGUGGUGAAUCAUUCGGUACUCCUAAUAGUGCAUAUAAUAAGGCUCAAAAUGCCAUCUUAGAAUCAAAACAACAACAUAUGACAUAUCUUCAUCGAGAUUAUUAUAAACCGAUUUAUAAUGCAUGGGGUACUGCAGGAAAGGAAGAAUUUACACGUAAAUUGGGUUAUCGUUUUCAACUAAAAACUCUUUCCUAUUCAAAAGAAGUAGCACCCGGUGGAAUAUUAUCUUUUUCUUUGAAAGUACAAAAUAUUGGCUUUUCAGCAAUGCAUUUAACUAGACCUGUAAAAUUAAUACUUGAUAAUGGCAAAACAGGUAGUGCACGUAUUACGUACAGCACGAAUCUCAGUGUAGAUCCUCGAAAAUGGACAUCUGAAGCGAAUAUUAUCAGUAUCGAUCGUAAACUUCGUAUUCCAGCAAAUAUCAGUCAGGCUAUUUGGCAAUUACUUUUAAUUUUACCUGAUAAUAAUACACCUUUACAAAGUGAUGUACGUUAUACAGUUCGAUUUGCCAAUGAAAAUAUUUGGAAUACUGAUGGAACACAUGUAUUAACCAAUAAUAUUUCUAUCCAAGCUUCAGCUUCUGGAUCACGUACUAAUGAUAGCGUAUUUCAAGAGGUUACGAUUUAA